GAGAGGCGCGGGCCGAGCAACCGCCUCCCGGCACCGCCGGCUCCUCGCGCAGGAAGUGGCGGCGGGCGGUGCCCGGGCCGCGCCAGCACUUCCGGGUCGCGGCGGGGCCCGGGCCGGCCCUUGAUAUGGAUAACAGGAAGGAUGAAAAACAUAGGACGCUGUGUGCAACUUCACAGGAAGAGCUGAAAGUCCAAGGAAAAGAAAAAAGGAAACGAAAACGCAGUAGAAGCAGAUCAUCAUCCAUUUCAUCCACAUCGUCUUCCAGCACUACAUCUGCUUCUUCCUCCUCGUCACACUCAUCAUCAAGGUCAUCAUCAAGUAGUAGAGAUUCUCCUAAGUCUAAAUCAAAGAAAAAGAAAAAAGAAAAACACAACAAAAAGAAAAGGAAAAAAGAGAACAAAAUGAAGAAAAAGAAAGAAAAGAAGAAAAAGAGAGAGAAAACAGGACCUGUCCAGCUUUCCAAGUUCUUUAAAAACAAAAAGAAGAAUGAAAACUACAGCAUGAUAACUGGAAAGAAAAUUAAGAUGAAAAUAAAGAAGACCAAGAAGGAUAAAGAGAGAGACCGGAACCGCGCAGAACUCCUUGAAUUUCUGAACUCUGCCUUAUAACGGGAAGAGUAUUGACCAAGGACUUGUAAAUAUACCAAGCCAAUGAUCAUCAUGCCUAGCAAAAUGCUAAAGGGAAACUCAGGGAAAAGGACGCCAGGUUUGACAAGACCAGACCCUCCUGCUGAGAAGACAAUCGGGAUGUCCUUUUUUAAUGGCAAAAUGGAGGGUAACUGAUAACUUGUUAAUGAAGAUCCAUGUCCUUUUGAGAUCCUAAGGUAAUAGCCAGGCUGUGGUGUUUUAGAAGAGCCUAAGAGUGUGUUGUUGACAAUGAUAAGAAAUGACACACUCAAGUCCAAUAAUGUAAUUUCUAUCCUAACUGCAUGCAGAACACACUCUUAAUUUCAAAUGUCUUAAUGUUUCUAGUAGUUUUAAGCAAAACAGAAUAUUUGUAAAUGUCUAUUUGAAAGAUGAGGCAUUUCCAUAUGUGUAUUUUUUCCAGCAGUGGUUUUACUUGUUCCAAAGAGCAAGUUGACCUUUGUAAAUAGAACAUGCUUUUACAUAAAUGAUUUUUUGACAGUUCAUUCACUAAUAUAGUAUUUUUCUUCCAGAGUUUGAGGUAUGAUCUUUCUCUGGACAGUUUAUUGUUCUCUCUCACUACAAAGUGUAACGGUAAAGUACUGCAGAGCAAUAAUGGUAGCUGAAUGAUUUUUAUCCCAAAAUAGAAGCCGGGACAGUCUCUGGUUUUGUUUGUUUAUCUGGAUCAGCUAUUCAAAGGCAGAUCACAAUAGACAGUUUACCCCCACACAUCUGGAGUUGCAGUUCCUAGACCUAAAAACUCUUGAGUUCUGGCCUGCCUUUCUGAUGCCACGAGCUGUGUAUCAAAUCUUCCUCUAUCUGCAGUGCGACACAGCACAUAUGGCCUAUCGUAGUCUAAUAGAAAGAGCCAUAGGAAUGAUGCCGAGGCAGGCAGUGACAGUGACCCUCCAGGUGUGUUGACAGUCUACUGUGAGAUGAGACAGGUCUGGAUACACAGCUGGACCCCAGCAUAACUUGUGUGUGUGUCUUAGCCACAGUAGUUUCCUUGGUGCUUGCUCACUUCCUUCUAAAGCCUUGACUUUUGACUACCCAGCAGGCCCUUCUGUACAUAACCCUGACGUGGGAAUUCCACAUGAAUCCCCUGAGUAGCAAGUGUUCCUCAGGAACCACCAUUUAGGAAUGCCUGAAGAAAGGAGUCAAGGGUAGUUGACUUUGACAAGAGUAUCAGGUGUACGGUGGUCAGAGUGUGGGGAGUUCAUUAAAAAGCAAACAGAAAA